AUGUGUGAACAGUAUGCGGUUUGCAGAGUUUGUUUGAACCGUUGCGACUAUGAGAGAAAUGAGGACUCUUUCAGCAUGUAUGUGUCAGAAGCCUUCAAAAACCGAGGGGUUGUGGCAUGCAAUGAAAGGGUGCACUUCGACAUCAUUAUAGAAGAGGAGGUGACAUUCGUGGCAAACACUCGUACAUACACUGUAAGGUGCUACAAGGGUCGCACACAUAGUGCAAUGUAUGGGAGUGGUUGGAAGAAGUUUUAUGAAGACAACAAGCUGGGGAAGGGUCAGUUGGUGUAUUUCUUCCUGGAUCAGCCUUCCCCAAUGGCAGCCAUUUUAUUUCUCCAGCUGGGCAACGGCUCUAAAGACGAAGAUCCCAUGGAAGGAGAUGAUGAAGAUGCAGACGAAGAUGAUGAGCAUGGGGGAGCUCCCCAUGACAAUGAUGAAGGCAUUGUUCGCACAAGGGGGUUCGAGUUGAAUGGGAUCGAGGAAUCUGAGCUUCAAGGCUUACUGCCUCUCAGUGAUAGGUUUGUUGGUUUGCCUUUCAUUCACCGUCUCACAAGGACAAAUGUUCAUUUAGGCAUGAUGAAAAUCCCCAAGAAAGUUGCCGCUGCUACGCUUUUUGAAAAACAUGAUUUUGGUAUUGUUUGUAUGGAUGGUGGGAAUUUCAAAAGAAUCCCAUACCGCACUUACGGUGAUGGCCGAAUUGUGAAUGUCAACAAUGUUGUUCUUUUUGGAUUCAAGAACAGCAAGAGUAGCGAGAUUGAUUCAUUUGUGAUCACGAGGAAGCUUGGGUAG